AUGUCUGUGACGUGGGAAGCGACGCCAACGUCGUUCAACUUGACUAUCAAGUACAACCGGCCUAUCAAGCGGCAGGUCGGGCGGCCGCGCAAAACUGUCACGGGUGUUCCUCAGCCCAUCAUCGAGCCCCGAAGACGCAACCGCCCCAAAAGCAGCCCCCGAAAAUGCACUCCUCCAGCGGCAUCGGCGUCUCCGAGACGCAGCCCGGUCAAGCUGCGCAUCCCAGUGCCCAGACGCAACUCCAACUCCAGCGACAGCUACAGCACCGACAGUGGCGACGACAGUGACGACUAUGGUCUGAGAGUGAGGGUGCGACGGCCGCGAAACACGCGCGAAACCCGGUCUAGAAGCGCGCAGAUCCGAGACAGAGGCCGUGAACGCGAACGACGCGCCACAAGCAACGUCCCCCGGUUAAUCGAGUCGCCCGAUUCGUCCACGUCUCCCGGUCCAUCGCCACGACGAUCGCCAUCGCCCAUCAACUCGGACUACUCCUCAUCGCCUAGCACACCGAUUGAAACGGAGCCUCCCUACAGAGGAGCUCUAGUGGGCGAGGACGCAUCGACAGCAGAAACCAACCCCAACGCCGACGACAUUGCACUCUUCUCAAAGACUCUCAGCCUGGCCGAGUCCAAACGGUCUUCCCGAGGAGAUGCGUCGCUGGGAACCACCAAGAACGCCAACAUUACAUGCAUCCACUUUGGCGACUACGAAAUCAACACUUGGCAUACAGCGCCAUACCCAGAAGAAUACGCCCGAAACAAGGUGCUACCGCUGUGCGAGUUCUGUCUCAAGUACAUGUCUUCCGGACACGUGCGCAAACGCCACAAACUAAAGUGUGCAGCCCGUCACCCUCCCGGAACAGAAAUAUAUCGCCACGGCAACAUUUCCAUCUGGGAAGUUGAUGGUGCGCGUGCCCAGCUAUACUGUCAGAACCUGUGUCUGUUGGCCAAAAUGUUUCUCAACUCGAAAACGCUUUACUACGACGUGGAGCCCUUCAUGUUCUACGUUCUGACCGAAAAUGACGCGUUCGGAUGCCAUUUCGUCGGCUAUUUCUCCAAGGAAAAACAACAACCCUACAAAACCACAGGCACCAACAACGUGUCCUGCAUUUUGACUCUCCCCAUUUUCCAACGAAAGGGAUACGGACAGCUGCUGAUUGACUUUUCGUACCUGCUGAGUCGAGUCGAAGGUCGCCCAGGCACGCCUGAAAAACCCCUCAGUGACCUGGGCUUGCUGAGCUACAGAAAGUACUGGCGGCUGAUGAUCUGCCGGUUCUUUUUCAAUGCUCGCGAAAAGGCGGCCGACAAGAAAACCAUCCCAAACUUCUCCGUCAUGGACAUCACCAAAUCCACCGGCAUGACACCUGACGACGUCAUUUCUGCUCUUGAGUCACUCGAAUUUCUGGUCAGAAACCCUGAGACAGGCAAGUAUGCCAUUCGCUUGAAUUGGGAGGCCAUCGAUAUGGUCGUCAACAAGUACAAGGCAAACAACUAUGUGCAGUUGGAGCCAUCAAAGCUGAUUUGGGCUCCGGUGCCGGAGUGGCCGUUCACAAAGGUUCCUACUAGAGAGGACUUGGAGCCUGGAAUGAGGAUCGUCGAAGUGGAUGACAAGGACGGUGAUGGGGUCGAAGAGGAGGAGCAGAAACUCGAAGGGGACAAGAAGGAUGAUGACAGCGAGAGUGAUGCUGGCGCUGACGAUGUCGAUUCCGAGGCUGAGUCCACAACAGACUACUCCAAGUUUGAGACAGCCUACCCCAUUCCUCGAAUGACCACCACAGUGGAGAAAGCCGCUCCCCAAAGAACCACGAAAUCAAGGUCCAGACGUCGAGACCGGCGAUACCAGGGCGGCGUUAGACGUCCUCGAGGUCGGCCUAGAAAGUAUCCUCUGGUUACAAAGGCCUGA